UGCAUUACAAUUGACUGCAAUAAGGUCGAUUUGCAAAAAAAGCUGUUGCUGGUCCCACUCACCUUUGUAUUACUACUCCUAAUUUUGAACUCAACAAGUGUUUUUUCAGUUUCUUAUCAGUAAUGUACAAUCCGAAAAGCCAGGACCUUGACCGGGAGUAUUUUCCUAGUUAUCACACUACCAGGUUUCAAAAUGAGCCGGAACCAAAUUUGGCCGUUGUAGAGCAUUUUAUAAAAGUAACUCAACAGCAUGAAAGGGACUUGACCGAGAAUCGGAACAUCAUCGUGGAAAACUUGCGCUAUGGCGAAGGGCGCCGAGUUGUGGAUGUCUUCUCCGACAAGAAUACACCCGUCCACAGUCCACUUUUAGUGUUCGUACAUGGCGGCUACUGGCAGAUGCUGGACAAGAGCCACUCCUGCUCCAUCGUGGGGCCACUGGUGCGACAGGGAAUCCGUGUGGCCGUUAUGGAUUACAACCUUUGCCCCGCCGUGAGCCUCGAAAAGCUAAUGGCGGAGUUCGUUCGCUUCCUCGACUGGAUUUUCAGAUACGCCGAGCUCACACAAGUUAUGGAAAUAACAUUCGUCGGGCACUCGGCCGGCGCUCAUUUGCUGUCCCGGAUCCUCAACUCACCCGAGGUGGUCAGUCCCCAGCGGAGCCAGAUGUGCUGGGCCCUGGUCUUCAUGUGCGGCGUGUACGACUUGAGGGAGCUGUACAAUUUGGAAUCGGUGAAUCCCAAAAACAUUCUGGACAUCGACGAGCGCAAAGCGGAGAGCCUGUCGCCCAUGCUAUGGUCGUACACGGAUGUGGGUGGUUGGAGAUCGACGCGGAUCUACGUAUUGGUCGCCGAGCACGACAGCGUCACCUUCAUAGAGCAGAGUCGGCGCUUUAGCGAGGUUCUGAGGAAUGCCGGCUUCCAGACAUCGUUUAAGGUGUUUCAAAAGUACGAUCACUUCGACAUCAUCGAAGAGACGGCCAUUGAUGACUCCGAUAUAUCCCGGUAUUUGCGCAAUAUCCGGAAUGAAUAACCCAGUUGUUCAGUUAUUUCAUCGUUAUUUUACUUUGUAAAACAAGCUUAGCCUAGUAGUAAGUAUGUAUACCAUAUGUACACUAGCAUAUUGUGACUUACUGGUACGGGUGCGGGCUCUGCAAUAAAUUAGCGUGGCUUGGAGAAACUGAAAAAACGAA